CCCGAGUGGAGCCAUGGAGGUGGAGUUUACCAACGAAGCCAGCUUGCGGCCCUGGGACUGCUCUGCCGGCUGGUGUUUCAGUCGAGGCAGAUCGCGUUGCACCCUGGCUGGAGAGGCCUUAUCCACUCAUCAGUUGCCAACAAGGGGCCUUGGGCGGGUUGCUUAUCAAGACGGGCGUUGGCUCCUUUGGCUCUGUGCUCAGCCCUCUGACGAGAUGUGUCCCAGUGAGUUAUCGGCGAGGACGGCUCGGGAGGGGAACGCAGCACCCCAUGCUGCCCAGCAGGAGAGUGCCCUGCAAAGCGACUGAGCGUAGAUCCCCCGCCGGCUCCCCGCACCCUACCGCUGCUAGCUGGGCCCACAGAGCUUUAUGCAUUCGUAUUGCACAGCAGCAGUAUGAUUGUUCUGCUUUGCUCGGGGCCGAGCGGCCUGUGCGCUCCCAUCAAGCAGUCCAAGCCCUGCCCCUGGAGCUGGGUCAAAUCGUGCUGCCGUUUGGGAAGCAGGGCAGUCCAGGCUCAGGCACCGGCCCGGGACUCGGGAGACCUGGGUUCCAGGCCUGGCUCUGCUGGUGACCUGCUUUCCCAAAGUCCAGUGGGCUGCCACUCCCCGUAGAGGAUCCAGGGAUCUCGUGUCUGCUCAGAGGCAACGCGUGGGCACCAGGCAGUGCAUGGGAGACCUGGGAUCCAAUUCCAGCGUCUUGCCCCCCAGGCUGGGAGAGAAGGACUCAUUCUCCUCUCAUGUGGCAAAUGCCAUGACUCAUGCUGACGGUUGGGGGGUUCUGCCGCUGGCCAGGCCCUGCUCAGAGCGGAGCAGCUGCUUGUGCCUGCAGCCCCAGGGCUGCUCUGCUCUGCUCUGGGGCACGCUGCAGUAUUUUCACGCCGACCCCCGUGCGCCAGCUUGCAUUUUGCUUUCCAGAAUUUAACUUGGGUGUGGUCGUAUAAGCAGCUCCCUUCUCCAAGCCAGGCCUGAGGCUGAAGCGCUGCCGUCUGGGCCCUCGAAAGGGGAAAUCCACAAGGCCUUUAGCCCAUUAAAUCACAGCCAACCCUGCUAAGGCCACUCUGCCCAGCUCCCGCAGUGGCCAGAUGUCAGCUUCCAAGGGAAUAAUGGACGCUGUUGAGUUCAGUGCCGCCCAAAUCUCCUCUGGAAGGUGGCUAAGACGGGCCUGGCGGGUGCUUCCACCCCAGGAGAAGCAGAGCCGGGAAGCCUGACGCCUGCGGGAGGUGCACACAGAGAGACCAGAGAGGGAGCAGAGGUGCAGUCAGCCCUCCAGCUGUGAUCUACGGUUAAAUAAAGGUUCGGCCAGUGGCCGGGGGUGGACGCGGGAAGGCGCUACGUGCUGUGUUCCAGUGGCUGUUAAUAGAGGCGAAACCAAAAAUCCCAGCCCGGGCAAUGUAAUCCCAGGCUGGAUUUUCCCUGUCGUAUUCAAGAGAAAACCUGGGCUGGCAGGUGGGGAGUGGGAAAAGUCCUUAAGCACCUGGCGAACUCUAAACAGCUGCGCUUGCACCUUCGACGGCCUGGCAGUUGAGGCCCAAGUCAGGGCCCCAGGAGAUCUGGCUUCUAGUCCCUGCUCUGCUGCUGACUCUCUGGGUCCUUGAGCAACUCCCUUCACCCCGUUUGUCUGUUUAGACGGGAAGCUGUGCAGGGCAGACUGUGUCUGUGCAGCACAACGGGGCCCUGAUCUCCGCCCGAGCCCCAGAGGAGCUGUAAUAUAAAGACUCUCGCGUGAUUACGUCUCCUGCCUCUCAGAUGUGCACGGCGCUUUACGAACAUGCAGGACCCAGCGACUCCCUGGCCUGAAAAUCUUCCAGCAGGGACGAGGAUAGAAAAGGAUCGGUUCCUCCAGAGAGGAACAUGUGUUCUCUAGGGCCAGUGAGCGAAGCGUGGAGCUCGCUUUUCGGGUGAGAACCAGAAACCCUCCCAGCAGCCUGCCAGGUGACUGAGGCUCAUAGCGUUUAAAGAUCUCCUGGAGCAACGUAGCACUUUUCAUGUUGUUUUGAUCGGGGCGAAUCUGUGCUCCUUUCCUUUGUUAAUUGCAGGGGAAAAUGUUAAGGGAGUGAAGCCAGGGAGGGGCUGCCAAUGUCGGUGAAAUGGGAUGGUAAAGAUCGAACCCCCCCACUGCUCGCAAAGUGGGCAUGGGGCAGCCAAUGGGGCGGUAAGCACCGCACUCCAGCAAAGUAUGCGGGGGAAGGACAAAAAUCACUGGUGUUCUUUGCAACAGCGCAGGGAUACUGCAGCCCGGCUAGACUGUAAAAUGCUGAAAUGAGGGGACAAGCCAUCCCUGUGGAAGGUCACAGACAUCACUGCAGAGCCACCGGGGCACAUUGGGCCCAAUCUUUCCAAUUCUUCUGCAGGCUCUUGUGUUCCGCGGUUCAGUCCGAAGGCUCAAAAUACAAGGCAGCCCUGGUCUGCGGGGCUGUAACCUGCUGGAGGCGUGGCAGGGGGCAGUCUCUUCUGGGGGAUCUAUAGCUCGGCGCUCACCUACCCCCUCCCGCCGUUUCCGGCCGCCUAUCGAUUCUCUCGGCGCUCGUUGGGAAACCGCAGCGCAGGCGCAGUAGCUGCCGGUGCCGCCAUUGCUGUCUUGGGAGAGAGAAGCCGGUGCAGGAGCCACCUGAGUUGCAGUUUGUAAAGAUGGAGUUUCAAGCAGUGGUGAUGGCAGCUGGUGGGGGAUCCCGAAUGAUGGACCUAACUUCCAGCAUCCCUAAGCCCCUCCUGCCAGUAGGCAACAAACCUUUAAUCUGGUACCCAUUAAAUUUGUUAGAGCGAACUGGAUUUGAAGAGGUCAUUGUGGUUACAACCAAAGAAGUCCAGAAGUUGCUAAAUCUAGACACAAAGAUGAAAUUAGAUAUAGUGUGUAUCCCUGAUGAUGCAGACAUGGGUACUGCAGACUCACUAAGGCAUAUUCAUCAGAAAAUUAAGACUGAUGUCUUGGUACUGAGCUGUGAUCUGAUCACAGAUGUUGCUUUACAUGAGGUGGUGGAUCUGUUUCGAGCUCAUGACGCGACACUCUCCAUGUUGAUGAAAAAAGCUCAUGAACCCACAGAAAUGGUACCAGGACAGAAAGGGAAGAAAAAGCCAGUGGAGCAGCGCGACUUCAUUGGAGUGGAUGACACAGGAAAGCGGUUGCUCUUCAUGGCUAAUGAAGCUGACUUGGAUGAAGAACUUGUCAUUAAGAGAUCCCUCCUUCAGAAGCAUCCUCGAAUGCACAUCAGGACAGCGCUGGCGGAUGCCCAUCUAUACUGCCUGAAGAAGUACGUGGUGGACUUCCUUGCCGAAAAUAGGUCAUUAACAUCUAUCCGAAGUGAACUGAUUCCGUAUCUAGUUAGGAAACAGUUCUCCUCUCCUGCAUCCUUACGACAAGGACAGGACAGCAAAGAGCAGGAUCAAAAGAAGGAUCAAAAGUCAUUAGACAUCUACAGUUAUGUGAAGGGUGAUAGCUUGCUGGAAUUUGCCCCAGAUAAAUCAUGUUGGAAUGAUCACAGCGGAGAUCUGAAUGGAGGACAAGUGCGUUGCUACGUCCAUAUCAUGAAAGAGGGGCUCUGUUACCGAGUGAACACUCUUGGGUUAUACAUUGAAGCAAACAGACAGGUUCCUAAGCUGUUACCUGCUCUUCUGUGUCCAGAAGAACCAUUGGUUCACGUGUCCGCUCAAGUCACUGACAGAAGCCUGGUUGGAUCUGACAGCAUCAUUGGUUCAUCCACGCAGGUUGGAGAGAAGACAUCCAUUAAACACUCCAUCAUUGGCUCCACAUGCACCAUAAAAGACAGAGUUAAAAUAACUAACUGCAUCAUCAUGAACUCUGUCACAAUUGAGGAAGGGUGCAGCCUCCAGAGCUGCCUCAUUUGUCAUAACGCCGUGAUAGAGAAAGGAGCUGACCUCAGGGACUGUUUGAUUGGAAGCAGCCAGCGUCUGGAACCCAAAUCCAAACACAUUAACGAAGUCAUUGUGGGCAGCGAACAGCUGAUGGAAAUCUAACAUGCCGGUUGUAAAGAUGCCUUCAAGGAAGCCAGAGUCCGCACCUUCGGAAGACCCUUCGUCUGGAGCGGGCCUGGCAGAGCUUACAGUGUCAUCGCUCCUUUCCCAUGCAACUUUGUAUUUAUGUCUCAAUAAAGAAGCAUUUCCCGA